AAAAAAAAAAAACACUCUGUCUUCCUUCUCUCUCUCUCUCUUUCAGUCCCUUUUUUUUUUCAUUCUUGUUUUUAUUUUUAUUCUAUAUAGUAUAAUUCUUUUGUCUUUGAGCUUUAACUUUCCCAAUUCAGCACCGCCAAAACCUCAGUUUGUAAUUAACUUCCAGUCUUCUUUAAUCAAAAUAUGAUUUUUAAUUGUUUGUAUAAUAUUUUGUAAGGGUUCCAAGUUAUUAUUAUGCCUGUGUCUGUGUACAGCUGCUGAUCUUUGUUGCUUUUGUUCCGAAAAACCCUAUGCCCACAAACCCAAUAAGUAAAAAGUCUUUGUUUUAAAGUUCUAAAACCUGGUUAUCUUCCAAUUUCAGUUUUUAACAACUGGGGUUGACCCAUAUUGGUUGAAAGUUGUAUUCUUUAGCUAAAACUCGAUUCUGUGCACAAUUCAUAUUCCCACAAAUGGGUCUGCUUUGAAAUUCAGAAUUGCUGUUUGUGUGAAGUAGUACAUGCACCUUGAGCUUUAAUCAUAUUCCUUGGUACCUGUUAACAUGCUUGAUUUAUAGGCAUCUAUGUCAAUCGUCUGUGGACUUCCCAUCCUUGAAUGUGUGUACUGUUUGGCCUGUGCUCGUUGGGUGUGGCAGAAAUGCCUUUAUACUGCAGGCCAUGAAAGUGAAAACUGGGGCCUAGCCACUGCUGAAGAAUUUGAGAAUGUGCCUCGCCUUUGUCGCCUAAUCUUAUUUGGCUAUGAAGAAGAUAUUUGUAACCCGCUUUGGGCUCCCCCUGGAGGCUAUGGAAUUAAUCCUGAUUGGGUAUUCUUACGUAAAGAUUAUGAAGAUACUUUAGGCCGUGUUACUCCUUAUAUGAUUUACCUUGACCACGAUAAUGCUGAUAUAAUCCUGGCAGUUAGGGGACUAAAUUUAGCUAAGGAAAGUGAUUAUGCUGUUUUGCUAGAUAACAAACUGGGGCAGACAAAAUUUGGUGGUGGGUAUGUCCACAAUGGCUUAUUAAAGGCAGCAGAGUGGGUUUUUGAUGCAGAGUGUGAGGUUUUGAGGGAAUUGGUUGAAAGGAAUCCAAAUUAUAGCCUGACAUUUACUGGUCAUUCCCUAGGAGCAGGGGUGGUAGCAUUGCUGACAUUGGUGGUAGUUCAGAAUCUGGGUAAAUUGGGAAAUAUUGAGAGAAAGAGGAUCAGAUGCUAUGCUGUAGCUCCUGCUCGGUGUAUGUCACUAAAUUUGGCUGUCAGAUAUGCAGAUAUUAUCAGUUCUGUUGUACUCCAGGACGAUUUCUUACCUCGGACAACCACUGCCCUGGAAGACGUAUUCAAAUCACUUAUCUGUUUGCCAUGUUUAUUGUGCCUAACGUGCUUGAAGGAUACAUGUACCCUGGAGGAGAAGAUGCUUAAAGAUCCAAGGCGGCUCUAUGCACCUGGUCGCCUCUAUCACAUUGUUGAGCGGAAGCCCUUAAGGUUAGGAAGAUUUCCGCCAGUUGUGAGGACGGCAGUGCCUGUGGAUGGGAGGUUUGAUCACGUGGUUCUCUCUUGCAAUGCAACUUCUGACCAUGCUCUCAUUUGGGUAGAGAGAGAAUCACAAAGGGCUCUUGAUUUAAUGCGGGAGAAAGAUAAAAUUAUGGCAAUCCCAACAAAGCAGAGGAUGAAACGUCAGGAGUAUCUUGCCCGAGAACACAGCCAGGAAUACAAGGCAGCACUUCAGAGAGCCAUUGCUUUGGAUAUCCCUCAAGCAUUCUCACCUCAUACAUAUGGAACAUUUCAUGAAAUGGAAGGAGGUGAGAAUUCUGGCAAGUCAAGAGAGGAAAUCUUAUCCUUUAAUAGAAGAAGGGAAAGUUGGGAUGGAUUUGUGGGGCGUCUAUUUGAUGAGGAUGAUUCUGGUCACAUGGUGUUCAAGAAGUCAUAAAAUGUUCUGAAGAAUUUUCAUACUGUAACUUAGCUUUACAAAAAUCAUUCUUUCAUUCAUAUCAACAAACCCUUUCGUAAGGGGUUCAUGAGUUAUGUUGGGUUACAAUCCAUACGGGGAUAUCUGAUAAGAGACUUGAAGGCUGUACAUGUUCGUCCCACUUUGAUCAAAUGUAAAAAGAUUUUUGAUUUUUAAUGUAAAUUUGGUCAUGAUUUUGUCA